AUGGCUGCCGUCCUCGGGUGCCUUCUGUUGGCCUGUUUGUAUGUGGGCCUGCUGAGCCUGUGGCAGCCUAGGGAUCAACCCCGAAUGGUUUGGUUGAGGAUGGGGAGCUGCGUCGCGGUUUGUUUUGUCUCCUGGAUUCCUCUGUACGCCAUGGUCAAGCAGAAACAGGCGAGCAGCACAACCAUACGUCCAGGCCAUGCUUUGCAAAAAAGCCUCAAAAGGGCCUUUUGCGACAUGGGAAUGAGCAAACAGCGCACUUGCCGACUUCUGUUCACGAUCAUGCCGCAGUUUGGCGUUUUCUCUGAACGUGUUGGGGCCCUGUGCGCCCAGACACUGCCGAAUCGAGCUUCUCGGGUGCCGUUUCCCUUGGGCAGGCUAUAA